AUGGGCCCGGCGCUGCCAUUCUCUUGGACAUGUCCCUGUGUUGGAGUGAUGGGCGCGGGUCCGGGUGAGGCCUGGGUGCCACUUCGCUGGCUCGUCCCCCGCUCAGACCGGCUGGCUGGGCCGAGGAUUGGACGACGGGAGAAGAUGGCGUGGGAGAAGCAGAGUGACCCAGGCCGCAGGUGGCAGCUCUGUUAUGACCUCUCUGCCCGAUCCUGGUGGAUGGUAGGACGCUCACUUCCUGUUUUUAUCUUCAUCUUUGUUCUUGAUGAGAUUUGA